CAUCUACAUGUUCUACACGAAACGACUGGGUACCGAAACUCAAGUUACCCAUAAUUCCAAGCGUAAAUAGUUUUGAUAUGGCGCCGACGACAGAGGGUAUGGAUGAAAAAGCACAGAGAAAUGUUAUCGUGUUCAAUCAAUCAAAGAAUGAGAUCUUCUCUCCCAGUAAUGGUCUGAAAACGCUAAACCGAAAGUUACGUUCAACAUGGAAGAUUCAAACUAACAAAGCAGAAAUAACUCCAGAGACUCUAUCCUCUGUCAGCAUAUUUGUAAUAUGUGGCAGCAGAGAAAAGUACACAGGUUCAGAGUUGGAAUCAAUCAAGCAUUACAUUGAUGGAGGAGGUAGUGUGUUGGUUCUCCUUGGUGAGGGAGGAGAAACAAGAUUCGAAACCAACAUCAACUUUCUGCUGGAAGAAUAUGGAAUUAUGAUAAAUAAUGAUGCAGUAGUGAGAACCUCAUAUUACAAAUAUUUUCAUCCAAAAGAGGCAUUGAUAGCAAAUGGUGUAUUAAAUAGAGCAGUAAGCCAGGCUGCUGGGAAGACAUUUUCAGUUGAGGAAGAUGGAAACAAUGCUCAGGCAUUGUCCUUCUUGUACCCCUAUGGAGCCACAUUGAAUGUGAUGAAGCCUUCCACUGCUCUGCUGUCAACUGGAUCUGUGUCCUUUCCUCUCAACAGACCAGUCUGUGCCCUCUAUGAAAACAGGAACCAUGGCAAAUUGGUGGUGUUAGGAUCAGUUCACAUGUUCAGUGAUCAGUACAUAGACAAAGAGGAAAACAGCAAAGUUCUCGAUGUACUUAUCAGAACUUUGACAUCAGAUGAAAUUAAACUAAACCCAAUUGAUGCUGAGGACCCAGAAAUCUCUGAUUACAACAUGCUGCCAGACAUAGCUAAGCUAGCUGGCCAGCUGAAGACCUGCCUCCAGGAGAGUGAUGAUGUUCCCCGAGACAUCACCAUGCUGUUUGACAACUCCCUGUUCAAGCUCGACACCAGCCUGGUCCCUAAUGCUAUCAAAGCUUUUGAGCAGCUGAAUGUCAAACACGAGUCCCUGACUCUCAUCACCCCUCAGUUUGAGACUCCUUUACCCCCCUUACAACCAGCGGUGUUUCCUCCCCAGUUCCGAGAACUGGAACCACCAAAGUUAGAUCUGUUUGAUCUGGAUGAGCAGUUCUCCUCAGAGAAAGUCAGGAUAGCCCAACAGACAAACAAAUGCUCAGAUGAUGACCUUGAGUACUAUGUUCGGGAAUGUGGAGACAUUCUUGGUGUUACAUCAAACUUACCUCAGGAUUCGAGGGAUGCAAAACAUAUCCUAGAAUACAUUUUUACCCAUGUUGUGGAAUUCAAGAAGUUAAAUCAGGAACAAGAUUAUGAUACCACUCAGUUUGGAGGCGGAGGAGGAUAUGGCCAAUAUUAACAAUGACAGGUGCCCUAUGGGGAGAAUGUGACAUGUGACAAUAUGUUGGUGAAAUCCCAGCGCAGACUCCAGUGGUAGUGGUAGACUCUCUGUGAUAACCGUGGUUGUGUAAUUUAUGUGCUUUACAAAUCAGAUCUGACUAUUGAAGAUUCAUCCAUGCAUUACUUUGGAUUACAAUGAUAACUAGAGAAUUUCUUUGGUAGAUAUUACUUUUUCCAUUUCAUGACAACAGCAUGGAGUACAAAUUUUAUUUGUGAGAAUUAUGACAAAUAUUUAUCAAAUUUUUAAUUAAAUUCUGUCAAAGUG